AAAUUUAUAAACCUUUUGUAGAUUCUAGAAUCUCAACGAACUAAUCAUUUUCAUAAUCUGAAGUUGACUCACCGCCUUACUCCUCAUAUUUCCAUAUUUUUCUCACAGCUUUUCAUUCUCUCCCCCCCUUUGCUAUUUUUCAUCUUUUCUUCUCCAUUUUAUUAACAAAUUUGCGCCUUCAUUUUAUUUUUCUUUUUGAUUCUGAUCCCUAAUAUUUAUUGUUCUUCUGAAAUUCUCGGGCUUUUGGCGACUCAAUUUGUAUUAAUUAAAUAUUCUGGUAUUUUAGAUUGCAUAUUUGUGAGUUUGUUCCUUUGAUACAUUGAAAAUAUAACUAUUUCGGCGCAAAACUUAGGGUUUGUUAGAGGUGGGUAUUCCUGCGUUAAUUUGAUCAUGAAGCUUCAAUUUUGAUGGCACAUUGUCGUGAAUGGGAUCGACAGGGCUUGUUUGGACGAUGAAAUUCGAGAAGGUUAGGAAUUAUUAAGGUAGAUUUAUUGCAUUUGAUGGGUAACACAUGUAUAGGUCCCAAAAAUUUGGGCAACAAUGGCUUCUUACAAUCUGUCACCAAUGCGGUUUGGAAAACCCAGCAACCAGAGACCCUCCCGGCCCCGAAUGACAAAAAUGAAAGCUCAGUGAAUUCCGACGGUAAAGGUUCUGGUUCGACUCAGCCUAAGUUGGAUGGGCAAAACACUCCGCCCACCCCUCUAAUAAUUGCCAGCGAUUCGACUCAGCCUAAGUUGGAUGGGCCAAACACUCCGCCCACACCUCUAAUAAUUGCCAGCGAUGGGGUCAAAUCACCGGAGCCCCAAAAAACCACAAGCAAUGCCAAUGAAAUUAAGCCGGUAGAGGGGGCAAAACAGAAUCAGCCUAAUCACGUUAAAAGAUUAUCUAGUAUAGGCCUACAAGUUGAAUCAGUUUUACAGAGAAAAACUGAAAAUUUGAAGGAGAUAUAUAGUUUGGGAAGGAAGUUGGGACAAGGGCAAUUUGGAACGACUUUUUUUUGUCUGGAGAAGGAAACUGGGAAAGAAUUUGCAUGCAAAUCAAUUGCUAAGAGGAAGUUGACUACUAAGGAGGAUGUGGAGGAUGUUAGGAGGGAGAUCCAGAUAAUGCAUCACUUGGCCGGACACCCUAAUGUGAUAUCCAUUAUAGGAGCUUAUGAGGAUGCAGUUGCAGUUCAUGUCGUGAUGGAGCUAUGUGCGGGUGGGGAGCUUUUCGACAGGAUAGUGCAGAGAGGACACUACACGGAAAGAAAGGCUGCUAAUCUUGCUCGGACAAUAGUUGGUGUUGUAGAAGCCUGUCAUUCCUUAGGGGUUAUGCAUCGAGACUUGAAACCCGAGAACUUUCUUUUCGUUAACGAGGAAGAAGAGUCAUCACUUAAGGCUAUUGACUUUGGGCUCUCAAUGUUCUUCAGGCCAGGUGAAACAUUCAGCGAUGUGGUUGGAAGCCCUUACUACGUGGCUCCAGAGGUAUUGCGGAAGCAUUAUGGUCCAGAAUGUGACAUUUGGAGUGCUGGAGUUAUCAUUUACAUUUUGCUAAGUGGGGUCCCACCAUUUUGGGAUGAAACGGAACAAGGGAUAUUUGAGCAAGUUUUGAAAGGGGAGCUUGAUUUUGUGUCAGAACCCUGGCCUAGUAUAUCUGAUAGUGCAAAAGAUCUUGUUAGAAGAAUGCUUGUACGAGAUCCAAAGAAGCGACUGACGGCCCAUCAAGUUCUAUGUCACCCAUGGGUACAAGUUGAUGGUGUAGCUCCAGAUAAGCCUCUUGAUUCUGCCGUUAUAUCUCGUCUAAAGCAAUUUUUUGCCAUGAAUAAACUCAAAAAGAUAGUCAUCAGAGUUAUUGCUGAAAGUCUUUCCGAGGAAGAAAUUGCAGGUUUAAAAGAAAUGUUUAAAAUGAUUGAUGUGGAUAAUAGCGGACAAAUAACCCUGGAAGAGCUGAAAAAUGGUUUGGAAAGAGUGGGUUCCAAUCUUAAAGAUUCGGAAAUAACUAAUCUAAUGCAAGCUGCUGAUAUUGACAAUAGUGGAACCAUAGAUUACGGGGAGUUUGUAGCUGCAAUGCUCCACCUAAACAAAAUCCAAAAAGAGGAUCACAUGUUUGCAGCUUUUUCGUAUUUCGACAAAGACGGGAGCGGGUACAUCACACCAGACGAGCUUCAACAGGCUUGUGAGCAAUUUGGUUUGGGAGAUGUUCACCUAGAAGAAAUAAUCUGUGAAGUUGAUCAGGAUAAUGAUGGCCGAAUUGAUUACAGUGAAUUUGUGGCGAUGAUGCAAAACCCUGAUUUUGGAAAGAAGGAUUCACAACAAGUAUGAACAUGGUCAAAUAAUGCUCUUAACCC